AUGGAAGAACUUGUGUUGACCCCCGCCUCAGAAAUCAGAUUCGUACGUCACAUCGAACAAGUCAAAGGAAAUAUUUUGGACAAUUUACCGGAGAUACUGGAUGUAGUGAGUAUUAGCUCAAUCCAGACCCCUCUGUUGAGUGCUGGGGUUAUAUCGCCAGAAGACCUGGAAAUUAUUUACAAUAGCAGUGGCUGUUGUAGGGAAAAGACUUUGCAGUUGAUCAAAUUGAUUUUACAUAAAGGAGCAGAAGCCAUUAAACUUUUCCUCUCAGCUUUGGACACUUCAUGUGCUAAAAGUACAGUUCAAAAUCUUCUCCAGCCAAGGGAUGUCCAAAAGACAAGUUCCUGUACAGGAAGGUAUACAAAGAUUGGUUACAUUGCCUACGAUGAAGAAACCGGAUUGCUGUUUGAAGGAAAAUUUGUGCUAGAGCUCAAGAGAAAUGCCAGAGGUGAGGAAAAAGAAAAGAAUAUACCUGCUGCUUACACAAAGCCAAGAAAGGAUGAAAAAAUGGAAACAUUAUCUAAAGAAUUUUUCUCUUCGAGUAACACCAAACAAAUCAUUAUGAAUGUGGAAACACAGAGACAGAGACAGAAUUUGAUUGAAGAGUUAAAGAAUCUGGUCGGAAUGACUACAAAUUCUCCUCUUACCGUGGCUGUGAUCGGGACACCUGGGUCUGGAAAGUCCUCCUUCAUUAACACCAUGAUCACUAGCAUGACAGGAAACUACAGGCAUUGGACAAGGACGGGAGAUUUUGGGGGAUCUGGUCAAACACCAAACUUUUUAGACAUUGCGGGAUUUCAGGAUACUAACGAUGAAGUCACAAGGGAGCUUUUAAACCUUCUAUUUUAUGGAAGGAUUCCCUCCGACGUGCCUCUAGAUGAAGUAGCAGAAGAUAUAAGACAAAGGGGAGUGACGUAUACAGACAUUAAGUAUCCAGAAGAACAGGGAAACAAGAAGGUCGACAGAAUUAUUUUUAUUGCAUCUGCAGUAGAUUUACAUUUACCUGUACAACUAAUGCAUGCUGUAUCGACAAUACUUCGUCGAAGAAGAGAUAUUCCGAUAUUUGGUGUUUUAACGAAGAGAGAUCGAAGAAGACAAAACGUUAGGGAAUUCGAGGCAAACGAGGCCAUCUUUAAAACAACGCUUGGAUUGGCUCACCUGGGCUAUCUGCAGUGCACAAAUUACUGCGAUGAUAACAUAAACAAGAUUCGUGAAAGAACACGGAAAAAUUAUCCUGAACUAGACAUACCUGUGUUAAGGUUUCUAAUACAAGUUUUCGAUCCUGAGCAAGAGGCUGCUGAUUUUCACAGGGUGAGAGGAUUUUCAUGGAGAAGAUUGAAAUUGGGGUUUUGGAAAAUUGUUGCACGACUGAGAAGAGCUGACAAUAUAUAUUUGGUUUUUUCUAUUGUUGUUAUCUUGCUCAUUGCUAUAAUGCUUCAACAAGUGUUAUUCUGA